AUGGCUUUGCGGGCCUGUAAUAAGUCCAUUUUUGGAAGGGUGGAUUCUCACAUUCGGGCUCUGGAGGAACAGGUGGAAACUUUGGAACAUCAACUUCAAGCGGGUUACUCUGAAGAUGUAGAAGCAGAUUUUCUUGUGUUCAAAAUUGUGCUUGAAGUUUGGGAUGUUAUAGAAGAAACAAGGUUGGCUCAAAUUGCCAAGAAAAAAUGGUUACUUGAAGGGGAUCAAAAUAGCAAGUUCUAUCAUGCAGUUAUUAAUCAAAGAAGAUCCAAAACUAUGAUCUCUCAAAUGAAGCUAGAUGAUGGUCGUGUUUUGGGAAAUCCGGAAGAGGUUCAUCUGGGUGCUGUUGAGUAUUUCAGGGAGUUUCUUACUGAGAGUCCAAUAUUGGAUCAGGCGGAUCUUACACCUUUGUUGAGUUGUAGCGUUUCGAUGGCAGAGAAUAACGCUCUUUGUAAGGCUCCCUCGGAGGAAGAGAUCAUAGAAGCUCUCACUUCCAUUCCAAGACACAGCAGUCCUGGCCUUGAUGGUUUCGACUCGGUUUUUUUCAUUGCCUGCUGA